AAGAGAGAGAAGCAGGAGGGAGAGCAAGCCGCGCGCGCGGGCAGAUCAUGCCGGCGCUAGGACCACCUCGGCGGGCUCGGCGCGGGCUCCGAUAAAGGGCUCGCGGCGGCGUUUGACGUCACGGGGAGUUAAUUUUAAACCUGGACAAGAUGGCGGAAGGGGACGCGGCUCGGUUCGGGCAGCGAGUAGCGCUGCCCCGGCUACAGCCGGACUUGGCAGGUAAACCGGGCGCCUGCCUGGGGUCUGGAAGGCGCGGCGACGAGAGAGGGAAGAGCGCGGAGCCUCGCCGCUCUGGGCGGGGGGCCGGGGCCUAGGGCUUCCCCGCUGCCUCCCCGUCCCCCGGUCUCUCUCUCUCUCUCGCUCCCGUAACGGCUGCGGGCGGGACUGGCUUCCCUCACAGGGGCGCAGCGUGGCGGGAGGACGAGCCGAGAGGCGUGGGGGGGGGGAGAACAGAGCGCGACGGGAGCGGUCCCUCGGCCUUUCCCCGCUCUCCGGCUCCGGCCAGGCCGCGGCAUCGUCUGUGCUGGUCUGGGGGAAGCGGGGUGGGUGCCGUAAGGCCUCCUGCUCCUCGGGGGAGGUCGGUGGGUGGUUGGGCAGCCGCCUUGCCCCCAGGAGGGCGUUGGCAUCUGCUGGCGGGGCUGAGGAAGGGGAGUCCGUGGGUCUAUUAGGCGGGCCAGGGAGGAGGCGGGUGACACAGCGUGGCUGGUGCGUGGAGGGGAAAGAGCUGUAGGAUCUCUCGUGGAUUAGGAAUCGCUACGACAGGCCCGACUCUUCUCCCCCACCCCCUUAGAGAAGAGAGAAUGUGUGUGUGUCUGUGUCUUAAGACACACACACACACACACACACACACACACACACACACACACACACACACACAGAGCAAUGCCUCGGAGGCAUGUUGUGUUGCAAGCUCUGGCGGGUGUACAGAGCCGGGUGGAAAGAGCCAGUGCCCCACGUGGUAGAGGCUAGCUGGUCUGCGGGGCAUGGGAGUUUGUGACCUCCUUCCCGAAUGCUUCUGGAGCAAAGUGGAGAAUUUGCUCAUAAGAAGGUGUCUUAUACCAAGUCAAGCCCCUGAACCUUUUAGCUCCGUGUUGUCUUCACCAGACUUCAGGUUUUUGUGGAGCUGCUGCUGCUGCUGCUUCUUUACUGGACUCCUGAGAUCCACCAUAUGGAGCCAAGGACAAAAUAGCGGGGGUGGUGGGGUCAGCCUGCUCCCAGAGUUAAUGAGCAUACUUGAUUCAUGCUCAGUCCAGGGAUUUGUUUUCAGAACUAGAACUGAGCUCACAGUUCAGAUGCACAAAUAUUUGCUCUUGGUUUUCCUCCCAAGCUUUAUUCAGCUUGGCUGCCUGAUUUAGAGAAGGAGAGAAUAUAAACAACCAGGAGCUGGAAUUCUUGCUGAUAUCCUGUUAUUCACUUCAGUUUAUAUUCUGCCCACUUCUGGUCUACACUUACUGGCAGCUAUGCUCCAGAGCAUAAGACUCCCAAAACAUGAGUCUCUCUCAGCUCUACCUGGAAAUGUCAGGCUUGAAUCUUGCAGGUUCUACAUUCAGAACAUAUGCUCAGCUAUUAUCUGUGCCCCUCCUUCAUGACUUCAAGGUUGAAUAAAUGAAUAGUUUGGUUAUGUGGAUCACAUAACUCAGUCUUUUGAGGUAUGAUGUUAGACUUUUUUCAGUGUCUACUUCAGUGAUAUGGGGAAAUGUGUAGAUCACAACAUUGUUAGACUGUAGAGCUAAGGUAUAUCAAAUGUUAAGUUCUAUAUGCAAAAUAUGGCAUACUGGAGAUUUUCAGUUGCUAGUGUUAGGAGGAAAGGUACUGUAGCUGAGCUUCACAGGUGUAAAGUACUAACUUCAUGACUGUGAAUGGGGAGAUCUGUUUCUGGCUGGUGCUUGGGAGCUGUGAUUGGUAGUUUUGGAUGCAGUGUUGCAUGGAGAAAUGUCUGAUUGCAAUGUUCACAGCUUGUAUACUGUGACCUACUUCUUAACAAAAGUACCGUAAUUUCUCUUCUUUCACUCCUGCUUUUGCUACCAUGGAAAAGAAUCUCAGUUAUGCUGUUGUAUACAGCUAGUUCAUGCAACUUGCCCAAACUAGCAUUUUCAUGUCUUUGGUGCAUCUGAAAAGUUGUGUGGGGCAGGGGGAGAAAUAUGAAAUCAAACUGAUAACCAGAGACCUUAUUUUCCCCUCUAAUGUGGUCCAAAUUGGCAAAUGCCCAAGAAGUCUUGCUUUUGUGUACAUCAUGUGAUAAACUUGUAUGCAGGUUUGUUGCCAAACCACUAGGGGGAUUUGCUUGUAUAAUGCUUGUUCCACUUCUUUCCAUAAAUAAACCUGGCAAAUGAUAGUGCUUUGACACCAUUAUGUGUGUAACUUAGAAAUGUUUAAAUAAAGUCUAUCUUCAGGGGAAAUUCUGUUCUGUUAGAAAGCUAAUGGAAACAAAUCUGUUAAAUAAUUGGUGGCAUCUAUAGUAGCUGGCUUAUUUUAACACUUAAAGCUAAGCAUGAAACUGAAUUAAUCAACCCCUUUUCUGGAAAAGUUUUUUUUCUUACAAACUUUUCUAAAAGUGUGUGCAGUUUACCCAAAAUAAAGCCUUUGGAAAUCUUAGUGUAUGAACAUAUUCAGAGCUACAGGUAUGUGUAUACAUUCUGUAACAAGUGCCACACAGGUAAAAAAGCAAAUUCAAGGGCUUGGAAGGGUAAGUAAGGUGUGACUGUAGACUUAUGGAGAGCUUACAUGAGUAAGCAUCUCUGGAGCGCAGUAGAAAUGCUUCUGAAUAAAUUGAAUUCCACACUUGAGGCCGGGAAUCUGUUUGGCAAUCACAUCGUGGAAGGGCAUGAAGUGAAACCUCUUCCAAUGGCAAAGUUUUCUGGCACAUGCAAAAUGAGGGGGCCGUUGUCACUUGGCUGGUUCAGUACUUUAGAGGCAUGUGGAAGUGGUGAGAAGUGUAUGCAGCUUUAAAGUUUCAAAUGUAAAGCUAACCCUUUAUUUCCUCCUGCUUCUUCUGCAUGUGCCAGAUGACACUGAAUGGAGGUUUAUUGCAAAAUUUAGUGAAAACAUGUUGGUUCCCUGGUAAAACAUGUAUAGGCACAUACUGUACUACAUAUUUGUUCAUCUUGGGUACCUAGCAUUCUAACACCUUAUCCCAACAUACUAGUGUUGUCACCAGGCAAAAUGUCUAGUGUUGUAUACCUCUAGCAAUCUUGCUUAAAGUUGCUGGAUGGGUUCAUCAUGUCACAAUUAAAGUUGCUGGAUGGGUUCAUCAUGUCAUGGUUUAUGGGUUCAUCAUGUCACAAUUAAUAGCGAAAAUGUUUUGAGAUAGAAUUUUAAACUAACUUUUGUGCCCAUUAGUUUCUAUUAAAUUUAAUUUUAAACUAGUUCCUAAGUGGUAUAUCUGCACUACAGUUGUGACUUCCUGUAACACCCAUACACUUAAAGUUCUAACCUUCAUUUGUGAGCAUAUCACCUAGUUUUUAAUUAAAAAUGAAACAAAAACUUAUUCCUUGUUUACAGCAGUAAAAAGCAUCAAACUUGCUUUCUAAAGCUGCUGCUUGAAGCCAUUCAGAGUUAUUUGGGUGGCUUGUUAAAGGGUUCUUCUGGAAUGAAGGGCAUCAGAAAUCUUGCAUUCACAGUGCUUGUAAUUGAGCUAUACGGGUUGGGGUCUUACACAAGAUGUGAAUGCGUUUACUUCUCUCUAAUGACGUAAUCUCAAGUGUUGGCAAACUAACAACUUCUGAUGAGGGUGUACCAGCAGGUGUCAGCUGUGUGUUACAGAACCCUUGCAUGAGGGGUACAAAUGUCGGUUAACUCUUCACUGCUAAACUUUUAGCUGUAACUCUUUGCUACCAUGUACUGGGAGACUUGUAAAUUCUCUUUUCUCUCCCCUCCCCAUAUAGGGCAGGAGUCACCUAAUAAACCCUAUCAGCGAAAGCCCUGCGCAAGGGCUUCUGCUUGCGCAGCAGGACUUUCCCAGCCCACUGUCCCCCCAAAUUGGCUCUAGGUUGGUUGGGAGAGCCCCCCACAACUGAGGGAGAGGAGGCUCAUUCUACCUGGCAAACUGAUAAGCUUGUGCAGGUGGAACAUUUUUAUAGCAUGACUUGAAUUCUACUCAUUAACUUGUUUACAGAUACAUCUUCUAGCAAUGGGAAUAGUAAUUGACAGAUAAUCCAGUUGCUUGUCUGGUUCAUAUAUAACUCUAAAGUCAGGCUUCUCCAGUCUGGUGUCUAUCAGAUGUCUUGCAUCAGCCCCAGCCGACGUGGCUGAUGAUCAGGGAUGAUGGAAGUUGUGGUCCAAAGCAUCUAGAUUCUGGAGGGCAUCACAUUAGAUAUCACUGGUUUAGUGUUAUAUGAGGUGUUGGGAACCUUAGGCACAGGAGCCAAAUACAGCCCUCCAGGCCUCUCUAUCUGGCCUUUCAUUAUGCCUUCAGGUGCUUUUGUGUGACUUGACUGUGCCUUUGAAUUAUAAUGCUGGAUGGAGAGACAUGUAGAAACCUGACGUUUGUGUGAAGGGAAUAUAACAAGCAGGGAUAGGGAAUCUCUGAUUGUGUGGAUGUUGUUGGACUUCACCUUGUGGCAUGGCCAGUGGUCACGGAUUGUGGGUGCUGUAGUCCAGCAGCAUCUAGAACAGCUCCAGCCAGCAGGGAUAAUGGGAGUUGUAUUUCAAAACAUCUGGAAUGCACCAUGUUGGCUAUUCCUGAUCUAGAGUUCCUUAUCCUAGUGCAAAGAAAAAAGGCACAUCAGUUGCUGUACUCACUUGUCCUGGUCCUGCCCACUGCUUGUCUGUAGCCCUUGGAAGGUUGCCCCAAAGAAAGCACGACAAUUGGGCUGAGAAAGGCUUCCCAUCUCAGUGCUACAUGGACAAGCUUCAGUAAACUCCAUGUCAAGCAUACACAUGUGCACACAUACACACCUCCUCUAAUGCAGCCAGGAUGAGGACUACUUUUCAGAGGUACAUUCAGUCUCAAAAAAAAACUUGGCUUAGCAUUGCAUGUGAAUCAACAAUCCUGGUUUUAAACAAUCAGUAGUUGCUAAAUGAGCAAACAUCGAAACAUGGGUUAUGAAGCUGUCUUGUUUACCUAACCAUUGCUUUAAAGCAAGAUUCUUGCUUUGCAUAUAAUUCUAAACUGAGAUUCUUUGAAAUUAAAAGUAAAUCUCAGCAGGGAAAAGAUGGAGCAUAUUAGUUUCGACAUUUCACUUGAUCCCGCUGAAUCUGCUAAACUAUGAUUUAGUGCUUUUGUCAGUAGGAAAGCUAAUCAUAGUUUAGGUUACAGUCUGGUUUUGGAUGAGGCUGCACUACCCUUGAAGUCUGGGAAUGCACCUGGACUCAGCCUUUCUCUUUGAUGGCUAUGGACACACUAGUGCUACUAGUGUUACUUUACCACUGAUCUCUGGAUAACCAGUUUUCAUGCUGAUCUUAAUAGCAUGAGAGGCAAAAUAGAACCUGAAGACACUUCAUAUGACAGUGGCCAUCUUCAGUCCCAGCACCACUCACCUCAUCACUCCUUCCCAACUAGGACAGUCACAAAGUCAUGCCCCUACCCUAUCCUAUCCUGGCCAGGCUAUCCAGAAUAAUGCCACAGGCAACAUUAACAGCCAUUGAGAGGUCCAGCAGAACCAGCAGUUACUGGUGUAGGUAAUCUACCAGAGAUUCAGGGAAUAGGCUCUCUUUAUACCCAGUCACCAGUACAGGCAACAACUGUUUUGCACGGGGAGUGCGUUCCUGUCCCCCGUGCACUUUGCCAGAGCACAUGUAAGCCCACAAUGCCUCCUUUUCCAGUCACUUCCCGUUGCGGCGAUGGGAGCAUGCAUUCUUUUAAUGCAUGCAAAACGGGAGUUGCCUGUACAGACAAAUUCAUGGUGCUGCUGUGAUGGCCAGGUUCUACUAACACUGUUGGAGACAAUAUGCAUCUGAAUACCAGUUGGUGGAAAGAGUGCCAUUUGGAAAGAGUGCCAGUUGGUGGAAAGAGUGGAGAGAGUGCCGUUUUACCUGAGCCCUGAUUGUGGUCUUUCUUUAGGCUUUUGAAUGGCCACUGUGAGAACAGGAUGCUGGACUAGAUGGACCUCUGGCCUGAUGCAGCAGGGGUCUUCUUUUCCACCCAUUCCUUUUUAAAAAAAUGUUUUCCAUUAAUUUUUAUUAAAUUAUAUGCAAGCAACAUGUAACAAAACGCUAUAAAUUUUCUUUAUGAACAAUACAUAUAUAAGCAAUUCUGUUUAAAAUGCCCCGGCUGUCAAUCACCAUACAUAUAUACAUCAAUAUGUCAAUUAGUUACAGAUUAUUUCAGAAUUGUCUAAUAGUUUUAUUUAUAAAUAAAAAUCAAUAAAUGAAAUGAGAAUCUGAUUAAGCCUUACUUAAUGCUCCAGCAGAGCUCUUCUUAUGUGCAGCAACCUAUAGAUAAGUCUGGUUUUAGAUCUACUGCUUGGUAUACAGCAGGGAGUGCCUUAUUUCUGCUUAGCUUGGUGUGUCUGCUGUACCUUUUUUCUGGGAAUGAUAGAUGUAGCCCAGGCAUCCCCAAACUCGGCCCUCCAGCUGUUUUGGGACUAUCAUUCCCAUCAUCCCUGACCACUGGUCCUGUUCACUAGGGAUGAUGGGAGUUGUAGUCCCAAAACAGCUGGAGGGCCGAGUUUGGGGAUGCCUGAUAUAGCCAUUGGGUGAAACUGGGUUGCAUUAAUAUAAAAUUACUACGAUGCAAGAUAUGUGUCCCUGCCUUUGCCCAGAAUUUAAUUAUACAAAAUGCAGUGACAGGGCUCCUGACAUUAAGGAGCUGUACAUGUUGUCAUUAUGCUUCCAGGCCUAUUUCAAAGUACUGGUACCUGCCUUUAAGCCUUUCUUGCAUAGAUCACCUGCUCCCUCCAGCAUAAUACAUCACAUGGGAGGAUCAAGAUCCUAGGGCAUUUGCUGAAGUGUCACUGCUGUCCUAUAAUUUCCUACCCAGCGUAGUCUGAUAGAGUGUCAGCUUGGCAAUCUUUUGAACUCCUCAGGUGAGCUUUUGGGGCUUUGGCUUACUGAGCUGCUGAAGUGUUUUUAAAAGGCUGACUAAUGCUGUUGUGUCACAUAUGAAGGAUGUUUAUUGUGCUAUUGUCAGAAACCUAUUAUAAGCUAGUUUGGGUACCAUUUUGAAUUUGGUGUGCAUUCCUGCCAUUUAGGCAUGUUUCUAGUGUCUGAUAAUAAACACGGGAAGACAACACUUUGAAAAACAAGUUAGGGUCAGUUCACUAGGUCAGCAAACUAGAAAUGCCAUGCAAGUACAGCAGCUAGAGUAGUGAUUGCUGCUAAAUGGAAGUCAAAAACUGUACCCUCAAGGGAGGAAUGGAUUUGUAAAUUAAAUGAAUACUUAGCUUUGGGAAAAUUAACAGCUAUUAUAAGAAAUCAGUCGAAUCAAAAAUUAAAAAAGGAGUGGAAAUGUUUUGAUGAAUAUAUGGGAAAAUAUUGAUCAAAAAAUAUGCUAAUAUGCCUAGAUUAAAAUGUAAAGUAUCUGAGGGAAGGUAAAUUAGUAAGGAAGGAUAAUAAGAAUACAUAGAAGAUUUGAGAAGAUUGUAGAAUGCAAAGAUAAAUGUAAUCUCAGAAUGUAGAGGAAAUCGAGUGGGGGCGGAGGGAAGGACAAAAAAAAUUACAUUUGAUUGAUGAUUUAAAUGAUAAAUAUAUGUGGGGACGGGGACGAUGUGGGGAUGGCUUUGGUAUAUUUGCAUUGUGAUGUAAUAUAGCAAAAACCAAUAAAAAAUGAAGAAAUGCCAUGCAUUCUAUCUACUUGUGUUCACCACUGCUUCCAAUAAGCUUUCCAGAAAGAGGAAAAAUGGCAAGAACUGGCAUUUGUUUUUGAAGCUUUAGGAUACAGCACCAUUUCCAUAAAGAUUUAUACACAUGCUGGGUUUGGGUAAUGUAAUUACCGUAUUUUUUGCUCUAUAAGACUCACUUUUUCCCUCCUAAAAAGUAAGGGGAAAUGUGUGUGCGUCUUAUGGAACGAAUGCAGGCUGCGCAGCUAUCCCAGAAGCCAGAACAGGAAGAGGGAUUGCAGCUUUCACUGCGCAGCGAUCCCUCUUGCUGUUCUGGCUUCUGAGAUUCAGAAUAUUUUUUUUCUUGUUUUCCUCCUCCAAAAACUAGGUGCGUCUUGUGGUCUGGUGCGUCUUAUAGAGCAAAAAAUACGGUACACAGCAACAUAAUACUUCCAGUUGUCCAAUCAUUGGGAUAUUUGAGAAAUCUUGAGCCUAAACUUUGAAUAUUCCAUACCAGAGGCUACAAAUUGGAAGGGAUACAUUAAAUUAUUUCCAGACUUAUUUUUAAAAAGCUACUAAAAAUGCCAAAAUACUUAAAUAGUCACAACUGUUUAAAUACUACUGCCCAUCAUCAGCCAACCAACUUGUAUGUUCAAGGGGUGCAGUAAUCAGACCUGACCAGGUUCUGUUUGUUUGUUUGCUUGCUUGACCCAAAUUGCAGGCUUAUGCAUUUUGGUGAUAAUAAAUAAGCUUGAUAGUACAAUGUGUUCUUACUUAAAGAUGUAAAGAGACUUAUGUUGGUCAUACAACAUACUGAGUUCCAUAUGCUGUGACCUGUAGUAGUAGAUCAAGUCCAUGCUCUUGUUUUUCAGCUGCUAUGAAAAGCUGGUCUGUAACUGUCAAUUGAUCCUUGUUAUAUAAGCCAGACAUUUUCUGAGGAAACAUUAGCUAGGGCAUUCUUGCUAUAGUAACAUAUGAACUUUUGAUCUUGGCUGUAAUAUCUAAUCUAGGGAUGACCAACUGAGAGCCUGUAGGCAUGAUGUAGUCCCAAAGCAAUUUAUCUGGCCCCUGGUCAGGGUAACAUUUCCCAUUCUGUAACUUGGGUAUUCUUGAGGUGGGAAAUGUAUAUACAUGUACAUGUAUAACACUUAAAAUAUAUAUUUGCAACUCAACUUUUAUACUGCCAAAGAGCAUAAUCCAGCACCCUUUGUUAUGCAGAGUAGAAGAGUACAAGACCACACAGCUGGAUUCAGUAGAUGAUUAGAAUGAGAUACAGGACUUGUCUGUUGUUGCAUCCAGUAAGGCCAAUUCAUGACAUUUUUUUUUUCACUUUUUAAAAACAAAAGCAGUUUUAAAAUUGGUGUGUUGAUUUCACAGGUUAUGAGUCGCAGUGAUGGACUUGAUGCAAGCAAAGAAAUUUAAACUUAACCCAUACAAGAUAGAGAUGGUAUUGGUCAGUAGAGCUGUCUUGGGCAUAGUUUAAGAGGGUAGCACUUGCUUUGAAAAUGCAGGUUUAGAGUUUGGAUGUGCCCCUGGUUUUAUGCUUAACCAUGGCUGCUUGUGCCAGAUAGCUUUUGCCUAGCUCAAGCUCAUGUUGCAACUGUGCCUGUUCUUGGAAGCUGCAGAACUCGCCAAGAUAACAUGUGGCUUAGUUCCAUCAAGUUAAAGUCAGUUACUAGACCAGAUUAAGUUUUAUUUUUUAACUGAUUGUUCUUUAUCUACUUUCCUCAUAUGGCACAAGCAAAUAUUAUUCAAAUUAAAUGAAACAGCAGCUCCAUACUUUUAACAUUACAAAAUAAAAAUGAUCCAUGUUUAAUGUAAAUAUUACUUUUUCUAUUAUCUGCUGACUAUUUGCAUUCUUUCUCUGAGCACACACACUCUGCUUAAGCACACAUACUCCACAAGUACUACUUGGUGGUGCAAAUUUUAUCGUCUCAGCCUGUGGCUUCUUGUCUAGAGAUCAAAGGGGACUUUUCAGUGGUGGCACCCUUGCUCGAAGGUCCCCCUUUGGAAAUUGUGUUAGUACCCACAUUACUGGCAUUCAGGUACCUGGUGAAAACCUGGUUGUUCAAGACUUUGGUUAUUAGCACCACUGUUAUUUAAUAUUGUUGAGAUUUUGUUUUUAUUGCAUUUUUUUCUGGCAUAUGUGUGUUAAACUAAAACUCUGUCAUUUUAUUGAUUUUUAAAUCUCCCUCCGAGAGAUCCUAGGGUGUUGACUGGGAUACAAAUAGUCUAAUAAAUAAAAUGGCCCCAAUAAUAUGAUUAGAUUGCAUUUAUUAAAUGUGUGUAUUGUUUAACACAGAUAGAUACCUCUAGGCAACUUUCCAUAUGGAUAAAAUGUAUAAUACCAAAAAAUAGCUUUUAAAAUACAAUAACCAACAUUAAUAAACAAUUAUACAACCACUGGCUGAAGAACAAACUCUGAAAUAUUAACUGUUUCCACUGUCACUGCAGAUAUAUGAGCAGUUGAAAUGGAUCUAAUCUAUCCUGUCAAAUGUUCUUUUUUACUGUUAAAUACUAUCAAAAGUGGAGGAAGAAGGGGAUAAUGCCUCCUAGCAAAAGUCAUGAAAUGGUGAAAUAUUUCUGUGUCUUCAACUGUUUCAGAACCAUUUCUGUGACAGUUUUGUCCAACCUGUCUAACUCUGACUGUUAGAUAUAAAGACUCCUGGCUGCUCUGAGAAAGUGUGUAGCAAUGGCAUAUUUAAAUUGGCCAGAAUAUACAGGCUUUUAGGUCAGGGUACCAUCUUACGUAAACAGCACUUCAUCCCACUUGAAUAGCUGAGACUGUGUUCCAAUAUCAUUCUGAUUUGCUGUUAAAUUGUGCUACGUCCUGCUGAAGGUCUCAGGUUGCUUAAAAUGUUUCAUGAUUUGUUCAGUUCUGUCUAAUACGCUGACAGGUCCAGUAACAACUAGAAGUAGCACUUUCUUCUGUUGGUCUAGUACAGUGUUGGGGAGUGACUCAUUUGUGUUUAAGUUGUGGACUAGCGUUUAGAAAAUGGCAGGAGGAGAUGACUGGUUAGCCAGUGGGGUUAUUGUGGGAUGCUGUCUUGGAAGAAUAAUAUUGAGUCUUCAGUAUCCUUGGGCUAAGAAAUGAUUUAUUUUAAAGGUACUAGCAGUGCCAUAUUUCAACUAUUCUGUAAUGUAGAUAUUUUCUAGCAUGCAACUGGCUCCAGGUAGGGGAAAGGGAUCUAGUGUUGCUUUCUUGUUGGACUCUGGCCAAAAAGUAGUAGGAUAAAGAUGAAGAUACUUAAGGUGUGUUUGAAAGUGUGUCAGAAGUGGUUCAUAAUCCAUGCAGCAGGGCUGCUUAAAUUUGGCAACCUGAAAAAUAAUACAGAUCCAAUAAGAGGGAGAUCACUUAUUUGUGCUGCUGAGAAAAUUGGUGGGGAAGAUGCUAAGUGCAUAUAGCUAAGGCUUCUGAUAAUAGCAUAUCUGUCAGGACUGGUCGUUGUCCUCUUCAGAUCACCACACAAACGCUUCUUGUUCUUUUAUAAAACUUUUUAUUGCGUAUUAACAAAACAUUCUUAUAAACGGUUCUUAACUAUUAUUCCUCAGAGUCACUUCUUUCAGAUACCUUCUGAGCUCUGCUUCUCCGUGACCAGCCACCCUCAAAAUGGCGAAGGCGCCUUUCCCUUCGUUUUCCCGCUCUUUUUUCUAACCUCCUGGCUAGAGCUGGCCUGUAUCUCCCCUCCUCCGAAUCUGAGCUAGAACUUAACCCUUGCCUUUCCUGUGAACAGCCGGUCCCUCCCUGUUGUUCCUCUUGCUCCCUUCUAUUAGAUUCAGUGCUCUCCCUCCCCCCUUGGGGAAUGCUUUCUCCCUCUGAGAAACUGGAAACUUCUAACUCUUCCCUGACAAUAUCAGUGUGACCAUUUAAAGAAUUCUAUUGGGAUACCUCUGACAUGUUUAAAAACACUUAUUAUAAGAGUAGCACUCCCUAAGCUAUAGAAACUGUGGUCCUUUCUACUCACUACUUUGAAUUUUUAUUGGUGUUUCAUCUCCAUUGCUAGGAACAUUGUCUAUUGAACUUACUAGCUGUUCUGUUCUGAGACCUGUCACCUGAUCCACAGGGGGUUCCUAAUCAAAGCAGUUUCUAAUCACACUUGUGGAACAACUACUUAGAUUUCUGUUUGUAAGAAAUCUGCAGGGAAGCAGAGUCCAAAAGAUAGUAUGAAUAAUACUUGCACUACUGCGAUAAAAGCUGCAAUUUGGUGACUACUUGUAUGUACCUAGUUAAAGUAAAAACCUGGGUAGAUAAGACAUGGUUUCCUAUUUCAGAUACAUUUUUUGGUUACUUGAAGAGUUUUGUUGCUAAAUUUGGAUCUUUAUUUGAAGGAUUUUUUCAUCUUAUAGAGAUCAAUAAUACAGCACUGGUUAUAAUUGGACCUUAAAAGUGGGACCUUAAAAGUGUUGAUGGAAAUUCUAAAUAUUUUUCUGCAGCCUGAAUGAAUAAUUAUCAGAAGCAGGUCACCCAAAAAUGCCCAUGCUAACAUCAAACUGUUGUUGCCAGAGAAAUGCUGUAUUCAGUUGUAGCUGAGAUCCAUUAAUAGCCAUUGGCACAGAACUACAGGCUGUGGAAUGUAGUGCAUUCCUUGUCGGUUUGUCAGGAAGACAGCCAAUAAAACACAUCUUCCAAGGUAGUGUUCUAAUUGUUUUUCUAAAAAUGUUUCCAUUUAAACAGUUACUGUAUUUUUCGCACCAUAGGACGCACCGGACAAUAGGACGCACUUUGUUUUAGAGGGGGGAGAACAUGAAAAAAAUUUCUCCCCCUCUCUGCCCAUCUGCCCUUCAGCGAAGUGGCAGGAGGCGCUGUGCAGAGAGGGGGAGAACUUUCCCCCUCUUGUUUUCCCGCUCUAAAACAAGGUGCCGUUUAAGGUGCGUUCAGGCGGCUACCUUGGAAGCCUGGAGAGCGAGAGGGGUCGGUGUGCACUGACCCCUCUCGCUCUCCAGGCUUCAGGUUCCUUUCGACCUGCUCUUUGGGGCUGGCGGGGGGAAGCCCACCACCAGCCCCAAAGAGCACAUCAGGGAGCAGCGGAGAGGCUGCUGCCAUAGCCGCGCGUCACCUCUCCAGCCGGGAGAGGGUCGCGGGGGCUGCUUUAGCCCGCGAGCGCUCUCCCGGCUGGAGAGGUGACGCGGGGCUGUAGAGGCUCCUGCCAUAGCCGUGCGUCACCUCUCCAGCCGGGAGAGCGCGCGGGGCUAAAGAAGCACCCCGCAACCCUCUCCCGGCUGGAGAGGUGAUGCGCGGCUAUGGCAGGAGCCUCUGUAGCCGCGCGUCACCUCUCCAGCCAGGAGAGGGUCGCGGGGCUAUGGCGUCUUCGCUCCAUAGGACGCACACACAUUUUCCCUUCAUUUUUGAAGGGAAAAAAGUGCGUCCUAUGGAGCGAAAAAUAUGGUAAAUUUUUCUUGAAAAAUUUGCAUAGUAAUAGCAGAAUUCGGUUUCAUAUUGAAAAUCUAUUGUGCAAGAGAUUACUAGACCCUGAAUCCAUUUCAGCUGACAGCAAAAAAAAGAGACCAUGAUUUGUAUGUGGUGUGUUUUAAGUAACCCCCCCCCAAAAAAAACCACCCCCAAUUUCUUUAAGUGGAGGAAACAGUAUGCAAGCUGCAUGACUAAACCCCUGGCUCAUCGCAGGCAAUCCAAUAUCAGCUGCUGUGGAGUUUGAAAAGUGAAUUCUUCAUGUUUAGUUCAGCAAACCCCCUUGAGUUCCUUAAACACAGAGUGAUGUCCAACUAAGCCACACUCUGCGUAGACAUAUUGAAAUAAAUGGACUUGAGCCCAUUGAUUUCAGUAAGUCUACUUGGAGUAUGAUUAAGGUUGGAUAUCAUUCACCACUAACAUCUACUAAUGCAACAUUCAGAUAAGUGUUGACUUCCUCUUCUGAGAGCUGUCUUGUAUACAAAUGGUCCUAACCAAAUGUGGUGUUUUGCUUUGGCAAACCAGAUUUACCCUUCCCCUCUUCCCUUAAUGCCCACCCAAAAUUUGCUCUAGAACAUUGGGUGACCCUCUGUGGGUGGUGAGGCGUAGAAGACAUGGAAAUCAUAUUGUGUCUGCUGGCAUGACUUUGGAUUUGCUCAAAUACUCUUCUAAUUUUAAUAUGUAAUCUGAAUUGCUUCCUUUGUGGGGUGAAGGUUUGAGUAAACAUUUGGUAUGUGCCCAAAUGAAUGGAAUGGUGCCAUAUCCAACAAUAGUUCAUUGUGGUUCUAUAGAUUGAUUUUAGACAUUUUCUUAACAAAUGCUUUUCUGUAUUUCUCCUUCACAGAAAACUUUAUGCAUGCAUUUCUGUUUAAAUCUGAAGUUUUGGACUUUGUAGGUUAUGCAAGUGUCAACAUGUAUCUUGCACACAAAGUCUUAAUUCAGCACAAUUCAGGAAUUAGGGAAGUCAGUCAGGUUAAAACUGUUUGCUAACUUCAGUUCAGCUGUGCUACAGUGUUGCAGAACCAGAGCAUGCGGACAACCAUUUCUCACUAAUAUUUGGCAUUCCAUCAUUUGAAAAAUAGUACUUUAGAGCCUUCUUGCUCAAAAAUGGCAACUGGACAUUCCAUUUUGGUGCCUGCAACCCUGGUUUAAGGAGCCAUUUGGCGCCUAGUUUAUAUAUCUGAAUUUCUAACACUGGCACUAAUAGCCACUAUGUUUAGAAGCGAACAAGAACCCAGAAAAAAAUUUAGGAAUUUGCACCAUUCAGAAUAAAAUAAUUCCUUUUCUAAAACUGCACAGAGAGAACUUUAAUACAUUCACAGGCACAGUGGGAUAAAACCAGGACACUACGAUGAGUUUUGUCCUUCUACUGUAAGUUGACGCAGGGCUAGAAGGAAGAAGCGUGCUUUCUGAAUGUCCCAUGGUGGGAAGGAGAAAGUUGGCCAUCCAUGAGAGCAGGUUUGUGGUUCUGGCUUUGGACCAGAAGGUUCUGUUGCAUUCCAUUUAGUUCAUUGGUUCUUCAGCUGGUAAAUUGGGUCUCAGUCUGACCCAAGAUGGAGCACAACAGAACUACUACCUUUCAAAUAUAUGGUAAGAAAUUUAAGAAGUGGAUUCCUAAAGGUGUGUUUAGGGUAAAAGUGGGUCCCAGGUCUGAAAAGUUUGAAAGCUACUGAUGUAAUUCAGCUAGACGGAGAACUACUAUAUAGUUUUCUUUAAUAUUGACAAUGAGACUAUCAGGUCUUCUUUAUUGUGGUUUGCUUAGUUUUGGGGCUUAACACAGAAUUAAAAUGCAUGCGAGCUUACUUGGUAAACCAAACUGUAAAGUUGCUUCCCAGGUUGAAAAUAUUUUCUAGACUUGCUGUGGUAAGCGGGAGGGAAAAGGUAAUUUUGCUGAAGGGGCAGCUGUUCUGAGAUGACUUACCAAAUUGUCAUUCCUAGUGAUAAGAAACCUACGUUCCAUUUCACUUAAUGUAUAAAUGAACAGAAUUGUUCUAACAGAAUUUGGAAACAGAAUGUAACUAAUGUUAAAAAAAUUAUUUCCUAGGGGAAAACUUUGUGGACGCAGAAGAGAACGCCCUUUUGGAUACUGAUGAAGAGGUGGUUCCAGAGAAGCCACGCCCAAUACAAAUUGUUCUUGCUCAUGAAGACGAUCAUAACUUUGAACUGGAUGAGUCCGCGUUGGAGAGAAUUUUGCUUCAGGAACACAUAAGAGAUCUCAAUAUAGUAGUUGUUUCUGUAGCUGGUGCAUUCCGUAAAGGCAAAUCUUUUCUCUUGGACUUUAUGCUUAGGUAUAUGUACAACAAGGUGAGUAGCUUAAAGCACACCAGCUUGAAAAUUCAAACUAGUUUGAAUGCAAGUCUGUUUUAUUGAAAACAUUUAUGUCCUACUCUUUAACUGGAAAUGUUAAGGUAUUUGCUUCUUAGGGUUCAUUGUAAUGCAUUCCUAAAUAAAACCUUUAAAACCCCAGUUUGUUCUUAAACUCUUGUGGCUUCGACAGAGUGAUCUGAUAUUGACUUUGGAAGUAAAAGGCAUAAUUAUUUUGGUAUAAAUUAGUUUUUCAGUGGUUUUUCAGAGAAUAACAUACAGAAUAUGGCCUAUGUCCAGUGAUUACCUUGCAAUAGUGGAAAACACAAGCACACCUGCAGGAUUAUUAGCUAAUUUUGUCUGAUCUACUGUAGAUCCCAGGGCCACUGAAAACACUGAAAUAUGGAGGAAAAUGGCAAAAAUCAGCUGCCUUGCCUUCUGUGAGCUGAAACACUUUGCUAUGCUAAGGGAGCAUUGGGUACAAACAUGGGUGACCAAGCAGUGCCUUUAUGAGCAGGGAAGAGCUCAGUGAUAGAGGGACACCAUCUAUCUUGCAUCUCUUGAUGUUCUAGUCUAGGCAGCUCUGCAGCUGAGAGAGUCACGCAGCAGUUCUGGAAAGAACACUAGUACUAACCAUGACCUCUUAGAUUGCUGUGAACUCAGCAAAGACAUGAUGGGAGAGUUGCUUAGGAAUACAUGCUGCUAGGGUAGACUUCUUCAGUGUGGCCGCACUUCUACAGAGAGCUGCUUUGGAAUUCCCUGCAUCUUGUUUAAAAGGGGGGGGGGCGUGUGUGUGUGUGUGUGUGUGUGUGUGUGUGUAUGCAAGCCUUUACCUAAUGAUAGAGCUGAAAUGGAUGGGUUUGUAAAAAAAACAGCAUGCAGAUUCUUGCACAGUUAACAUUAUUCGUGAUAAUGACCCAAGCCAUACUCGUGUGUAGGCCUUUAGAAAUCAAUAGGUAUUACUUAAAUCCAUUGAUUUAACUGGGUUUAUUUUGUGUAUAACUAACAUUGAAUAUUGCCUUAUGCAUUGUGAAGCUGGUUCCCUGUUUAUAUUAAAGCGUAGAUAUAUUAAAGGGUAGGGCAGAAUACUUUAACAAACUGCUUGGCAAGUGCUGACAAAAGCCAAAGAAAUGGAACACCGUUACAAGAUUUUAUGGGAACAUAAUAUGAAUAGAAAUGCAAAUAAGAUUACGGGGUAUCUUAACUCAGCAGGAUCUUUCUUUACAGGUUCUAUAAAUGUAGAAAGCUUGUACUGUCCUUGAAGUAACAUGGGGGGAAAACCAAGAAUUGUGUUCUUUGAGAGCAGUCACUUUAACUUCUGACUGGUAUUGAAAACUCCGCAAAACUGAAACAUUUAUUUUUUGAUUGAAAUAAGAUUUCCCCCUGACUAGUUAUUUUAAAUGUUCUAAUGUAAGAUUACCUAGAACCUCUUAACACACUGAAUAAGUAUGUGACUCCUGUUACAGGAAUCAUCUUCUUGGAUAGGUGGAAGCCAAGAGCCUUUGACUGGGUUUACAUGGAGAGGAGGGUGUGAGAGAGAAACAACUGGAAUUCAGAUUUGGAGUGAAGUGUUCGUAAUUCCCAAGCCUGAUGGGACAAAGGUAUUACUUUAAAUAGCUGGCAGGUGUUUACUGUCUGAAGUACGUUGGGUGUGACUGUGGCAAACCUUGGCUCUCUCCUCAAGAGUUGAAUAAUUUUUUGUAAACCACUUUGAGGGGUUGGUUUUUUGUUUCAUUGCAAUCAGGUGGCAUAUAAACGUUAUGAAAUAAAUAAUAUUAGCUUAAUAUAUUUUAUAUUAUUACCAUGUUUUCUGCAUAUCUUAUUUCCUGCCACUUUGAAAAAAAACGCUGCCAUUUUGUAAAGUUGAAACAAGAUACGCAGACAACUUGUUACUGAAUGUCAGUUGCAUGAAGCUGAUAAGGUAAUCUUAAAGCUUACCUGUUUAUGACUUGAACAGUGUGUGCAAUAGCCCGACCCCCUACCCCCAGAAGUUAGGUCAUAUUUAGAAUCUAGUUAGGAUCCUGGUUCAGUCUAGUGCAUAUACAUGUUGUAUAAAAAAACCAAAGUGCAACAGAGAGAAAGGUGGCUGGGUUACUUGGCCAGUCCUUAGGCUGCCAAUAGAGCAGUCUCUGGCUGGUGGAAUAUAUCUUAUGACAGCCAAAUUGAGGUAAUUGAGAUGGCUUAAUAGAAGACAGCUGGGAUAGCUUAAGUUUUUAGCAUAGAGAUGUCAGAACUUCCUGUUUAGUAAUUUUGCUUCUUCUUUUUAAUGGCAACACUCCUCUAGGUUGCAGUAUUGCUAAUGGAUACCCAAGGUGCCUUUGAUAGCCAAUCAACUAUCAAAGACUGUGCAACUGUAUUUGCUUUGAGCACCAUGACGAGUUCGGUCCAGGUAAGGACCCUUGUUUAAAACUGAGAUAUGAAAGCUAGGAGCUAAAUGGCACCUUAAACCUAGGUUAUGGGCGCCACAACGGAAUGUCUAGGCAUGCUUUUUUAAUAAAAAGAAUAAAAGGUAAAAAUGAAUGAACCACAGCUAAAAUAUUAUGUUCAUUUUUCACAUGGUCUAUUAGUCCUUUCCCUGUCCACCCCCCUAAUAUUAUUAAGAGAGUCUCUUCUUCAGUCUUCGGAGUAGCUGGAAAUGGGGAGGUAGAAAAAGGUCCUCUUUUUCUUCUACUCUGCAGUUUUAAUCUGAAAUCUUAGGCGCAGUAGUAUACCCAGAGCUCAGAAACUGCUUGCGCUAAUGAAAUUCCCUGUCUCAAAAUGCACCUAGAACAAUGGGAGUUUCGAACACUGCUAAGGAUAUAUGUUUUUCAAAGUGGUGGUAGCCUCUGAAUAUCCUCAGGCUACAGCUUCAAAAUGCACAGUCUGAAGCCAUAUGACACCGCAGCUUUGCUUAAAAGCUAAACAGUCUUAGAUCUGGACAUUGAUUGUGAACCCUCAGUAAGGUUUUUAGAACAGUGUCACCAGUAUUUUGGAAAACUUCCUAUGAAGGCAGACAUCGACAAUUUUGGUAUUUCAGUGCCUAUUGAAAAUAGUUUUAGUUUUGCCAAACGAUUUUAGAGAAUUAAUUUGAUUCGGCAUUGGUUCUGUUUUUACAAUUUUAUGUUUUAAACAGAAUCAUAUAUUUGCUGGACAAAGGAAAGUGCCUUAGCACUCACUAAGAUGAGAAGGAAUGCUCACCAUUGCGAAGCUGGGGAGUGUUUUGAAGAGCUCUGGCAUCUGAUGUAUGCCCAACCACAUAAUACCUAGCAACAGGGCUCUGUCUGCUUAGUUAACCACCCAAAUCCCAUUGGUUUUGAUUCCUUAUUUCUGUGGCUGUCACAGGUUAGCAUUUAUUUAUUGCUUUGCUUUAAAAACUCCCUUUUUACUUCUGAUGUGAAGCAUUCUGACUAGGAUUUAGGACAGUGUGACCCCAUCCCUGAUUGUUAGUUUGGGUAGUAACUCUCUCAGUGCUGGUGUAUUUUUUAAUAGGAAAAUGUAUAAAAUCUGUUGCAGAAAUGUAAAAAAACUAAUAACGUGUUUUCUAGGUGUACAAUUUAUCACAGAACAUUCAAGAAGAUGAUCUUCAGCAUUUGCAGGUAAAUAUGUCCAUAAACAAUGACGGUCUCCCACUAAGGAACAUGACUGUAGAACUUAGAUUAUAAUUAGUGUUGAGUUGUUGAGUUGAGUGUUGAGUUGCGUGUUGACCUGUUCAUAGGACAGGUCAGAAUUCUUGGGGGAAAAAUAUUCACGUAAGCAGAAUCUGGCAAACUUCUUUUAGUAGCUGAUCUCAAGGAGUGCUGUUUUGGAAUGUAGCUGCUACUAGAAGUAGGAAGAGUGAUGGGAUGUUAAAAGACCUGAUGUGCACAUAGGACACAGCAGAGAAUGCUUAAGGUCAUGGCCAUUACAUUGCGAUGGGCUCACCACCCUUUACUUCUGAGAUAUUUGUCUUCAUUUUUUUUUAAGUAUACUGAUUGUAAUAAUAAAAAAAAAUACUUGGAUUCUAUGCAGUUCUAAGCAGUUAUGGAAUGUUUGUCCAAAUUGGCUCUGCUAAAUUUGGGCUCCUAUUGGAAAAUACUAUGAUGAUUCAACAGAAGGAUGCUAGGUUUGAAGAAUGAAAUUAUUUGGUUGGUAGAGCUGCUUGGUGGAAGAGUAAUGGAAGCAUCUGGAUCUUGCCACUAAAAGAUGAUCUUUCUGGUUUUGAGAUAGUUUUGAAGUCGGACAGCAUGGGUCAAAAGUAACCUUGACAUAGAUAAUAUGGGGUGGUGGGCACUGCUGGUACAUACCGCUAGAAGAUAAAAUUAAAGAAUUGGUAAAUAUUCAGAUUGGAGCACAGUUUUUAGAGCUGCCUAUGUACAAGCUUAGUCAAUUUAUUUUUCAGUUAUCAGCUUUAAAGGGAGGUGUUCCCAGACAUACUGAACAUUGUGACCUCAAAUGGCUAAUGCAGCAGUUUUUCAUUUUCUUUUUAGAAAGGAGAAAUGUUGUAUAGUAUAAUGUAUUUAUAGUAGUCAUUUUAUUGCCACAAUUGGCAAAAGUAGGUUGGAUCCUAUUAAACAGAGGAUUACUGUUGAGUCACAAGACAGUGGAAGUAGGCAAAAAGUUGUUUAGUACUGCAGGCCUUAUUAAUGGAUUGGAAUACAGUUGUACUAUGGUUCUCAAACGUCUUGCGACUUGAACAUUUUGGCUCCCAAACGCCGCAAACCCAGAAGUGAGUGUUCUGGUUUGCGAACGUUUUUUGGAAGCCAAAUGUCCGACGUAGCUUCCAUAGCUUCCGAUUAAGUGCAGGAAGCUCCUGCAGCCAAUCGGAAGCCGCGCCUUGGUUUUCGAAUGUUUUCAGAAGUCAAAUGGACUUUGGCAACAGAUUCUGUUCGAGAACCAAGGUAUGACUGUAUAUUGCUUUCCUUUGUAUUAUAAGCUUGGUCAGUGCAAGCACCUAACAAUGAUGAAUAAUGACUUGAAAUCCAGUAUUGGGCUUCUUUAAUGUCUGUCUGAGCAUGUGUUGCAGUACCGUUUGUUUCUGUACUCUCGAUGCAUGCUUAAUGGCUUCGUUUUAUAGUUGUUUACAGAGUACGGAAGGCUAGCUAUGGAAGAAAUUUAUCAAAAGCCAUUUCAGGUAAUAGCAUGAUUAUAUUGGUCAUAUUUAAUUAAUUUUUGUAUGUAUAUUUAACAACGUGGGGCAGUUUCACACACUACAGUAGAAUCCAGUAAGCAUUAAUCAUAGCAUAUACCAACUUCAGCAAAACAUUUAAGGCAGUUACAUAGUCCCUAACUUUACACAUUGAUAGUACGUGUAGAUCAGGACAGCCAUAUUUUCCCUGGGCUCCAUCACGUGUUGCAUGGUGAUUGUGUGUAAGUUGCCCAAGCCAUAAUGGGUAAAGGUUCCUCUCAAAGUUCAUAUAGUGUUGGCUCAGUCUGCUAUAAAGCUAUUGGCCUUAACAGAAUUGUUGAUGGUAGCCAAAAGCCAUUUUUUUGUGACCAAACCUUGUGCACAUUAAGCAAUGAUGGUACACAUGGCAAAGCAGUUGGUGUAUAAUAUUUAUGGAAAGGCCGAGGUUAAACUACGGCUUCCAUGGUGGCAUUUUCAGGCUACUUGUGUUUUGGGGAUUAAAAUCCUACUUGUUCAGCUUCUGAGUAUUUCUAGUUAUGCAUGUUCUUCUGUUGGCCAGGGCAACAGUUAACGGUUACUUUUGUCUUUCUCAUAUAGACACUAAUGUUCUUAAUUAGAGACUGGAGCUAUCCUUAUGAACAUCCAUAUGGCUUAGUUGGAGGAAAACAAUUUCUAGAAAAACGGUUACAGGUAAGCCAUGACCUGCAGUAAAUCGUUAGUAAGACCAUGUUCUUAAACAAACGAGAACUUGGUUCAUGAGAGCUGCACUAUGUAGAACCUAAAAGCAAUUGUUUUGGAUUAGGUCAGCUUUAAUAUUCUCUGUAAUAAAAUAAUACUAAGCUGUGGUGCCAGAAGGAUGUAUAACAUCUGUGAUAAGAUUGUGUUGUGAAAAAUGUGUAUUUCUUGUAGGUUAAGGUGCACCAGCACGAAGAGCUCCAGAAUGUAAGGAAGCACAUUCACUCAUGUUUCAGUAAUCUUGGCUGUUUCCUAUUGCCACAUCCUGGUCUUAAAGUCGCAACAAACCCAAGCUUUGAUGGGCGGCUAAACGGUAUGAGGUUUUUCAUUUGUAUUCCUGGCUUUAAUAGAUUACUGAUCUGAAUCUGUAUUCAAGUGCAAAUGUACUGAAGGUGGUAGAUGAAGUGUACAUAAUUCUAAAAUUUAGUAAGGAUGAGCUCUGAUAUAUAGAGUAAUAUGCUUAUUGGAGAAGGAGAUGUUAGUAUAAAUUCUGUUUGAAUGCUGUAGUCAAAUAUUCAGCUGAUGGGUGUUGGGGGGGCACUAGUGUAUAUAUUUGAAAUGUAUUUUAUACGCUGCUGACAACAGUGAAUGGGAUGUUUGACUGAAACUUGCACAGUAAUGAAAGUGGAGUAGGGGAAACAAAGCCAGACUGUUGCCAACAUGGUUUCCCAUUACAUCUGAACUGGGCUUUUGUUUUGAGAAACUUACUAUACUAGAACUGUAUAGGUAUGCUAGCUUGGGGGUGGGGGAAAGCUUCAACAGAAUCUGGACAUGCUUGAAAAACAGCAGCUGCCUAUCAUUGCAUAUUUUUAAUGCUGUAUUUUUAUUUAUAUUCUUUCUGAUGGGCAUAAAUAGAAACUCUUACACACACCUGAAGCAAUGUUUAUAUUUCACUGAUAAGCUUUUGCUCACUUCUUCUGUGCUUGGAAUAGAGCGCCCAGCAAAGUAGCCAUCAGCCAGGGCAUGUAUUAGGCGACUGAAUUUUUUUAUGUGAGUAUUUGUUAGAGAACUAAGAUCUAACAUUCACAGCAUUUUAGAAAUAAACUGGGACAAUAAAGAUCUUGUUUAUCUUGUGUUUCUGAUUCAAGAACACAAAUCGAUGACAGUGCUGCUGUUGCUGCUCUGGUUUUUGAAUAGCCUUGUUAUAAAGGACUGGCAAUCUUUCAAUGAAACAACCUUCAGCAUUGGCUAAGGUUUUAAGGUUUUUCUUUCUUUUUGGAUAUCCAUUUAUUGAGUUGGGGUGUUUCACAUCAUGUUAAGCCGCCACUGACUCUGGAGAGAAGGAGUGUCUUGUUAAUUGUGGCAAAAUUGCAACUCCUUUUCUGUGACUGAUUCCACUAGACAUUGAUGACGACUUUAAGAGUGAGCUACGGAAUCUGGUUCCAUUGCUGCUUGCUCCUGAAAACCUGGUAGAGAAAGAGAUCAGUGGCUCGAAGGUGACAUGUAGAGAUCUUGUGCAAUAUUUCAAGGUAGGCAAAUACUUGUGCUCAUUGAUCAGUUCUUUAAAAUAGCGAACCUAUUGUAAGCCCUUCAGCUUGUAGGCCAAAGUCCUGUUAAGUGACAGAGACCCAUUGAAUUACAGUAGUGUGCAAUUUCUGCACAUUAUGGCUAGCAUAAUCAAAGGCAUGGCUGUUUUUUGGUCAUAAAGCUUAGUUAUUUUUUCUUUUCUGUUAACUAUGCUCUUGCUAGAGAAAAGAAGCUUUCUGCAGCUAUAUGGCCCCAAUUUUCAGUUGAGACUUUCAAUGUUGUUUCCUUUCCUGGCUCUUCCAGCAUUAAACUAACUCUUUGCUAUAUGGGCAACUUCACUCACCCCAGGUUGCCUCAUAUCUCAUUAGGCUGUUUUGCUCUUUAUGAUGCAAAGUGGUUUCCAGUUUCCCCUGGAGUGAUGCACGUACACCAUCCAGGACCUUAAUCUGCAAACUCCUGUUCUUGAAGUAGUAGUCUCCUGCUCUGGCUGGUGGUUGCAGUGUUUUGUACCAAAGAGUAGGCAAUCACAUCUGAUUUGUCAUCACCCAAAGUUGGCAUAUGUGGGGCAGCAUGGAGUCUACUUGUCCUUGAACUGUGUUGCUGCACCCAUCUAUUGGUGCAGAGCGCUACCAAAAAACACACCCAACAAAAUGAUCCUAGGAAAACCACCUUUCAUUAUGGUUAUGCUUCCCUACAGCAUGGUGGUUGUUCAGUGAAUCCAAUCUUCAACAUUGCUUAAAAAGUAUAACAUUUAAUAUUGGUGGACAUGAUAGACCACCUUAAUCCAGUAAGUUAUAUUAUUUAAUGGAACUUGAAUUUUGGGCGUUGUGUUUAAAAUCUGCUUUUCCAGUCGAUUGAAACUAGACAGUAAAACCUUGCUUUGUUUUUAGGCUUAUAUUAAAAUCUAUCAAGGAGAGGAGCUGCCUCACCCUAAGUCAAUGCUUCAGGUAAAGUUUUGUACACUUCCAUCUCUAAAGGUAUCUGAUGCCAAGAGUGUUAAAUGCAAAUCAGCCCAGCUGAUGGUCAGAGGCUGUAUGCUUGUGAAUGAAACUGCUGGAAACUGCAGGAGGGGACGGUGCUGUUGUGCUCAAGUCCUGCUUGCAGGUUUCUCAUAGGCCUCUGGUUGGCGACUGGGAGAACAGAAUGCUGGACUUAGAUAAGCCAUUGGCCUGAUCCUGCAGUUUCUUUUUGUGUUCUUAUACUAUGUUAAUGGAGACAUUUCAAGGUUUGGGGAUUGAAAUCCCAGAUCAGUAAAUUUGUGCCUCAGAUGGGGGCAUGCCCUGCUCCAGCGAAGAAAUAACUGGGAGCCCACUUUAAACUCCCAAUUGUUCAUUUGAAGCCCCACCCUUGCCUGCCCCACACCCAGUGUUACGUAUGAGGGAGGCCUGGCAAGCCAAGUUUGGCCCAUGGGUCAGAGGUUUCCCACCUAGAUGCUGAAAUGGAAGCUUUAUGCAUACAAAGGUUAAAUGUCAGCGUGGCAAACCAAGGUGUACACUGAUUCUGCACAUAGCCAACUUGUGCUGUCAGAUAAACUGAGAUUAAAUGGGUCUUUCCCAUCUAGUACCUUGACGUGCCUUUCUUUGGUGUGGGUUUCUCGUAAAGCAGUGUUUUUUGGGAUUCUCUUUCUGGUAACUGCAGCAGACUAGCCCAAAAAACUGUUUUAAGAUUGCCAAGCAAUUCUGUCCAAGAGCUGACAUCAGAGGGUGGGUGUUGCAAGUAAUGAUUCAGGAGUUUAGGGUAUGAAAAUAUGGUAAGAAUACAUUCAUUUGGUAUUCAGAUCACAAAUAUGGAAACUAUGACACAAAUGAAACUCCUCCAAGCUGUUUAGUGUCACUUGCUAUGCUUUGUUUUUUUUUAAAACUUAAGGCAACAGCAGAAGCCAACAACCUUGCUGCAGUAGCUGGAGCAAAAGAUACUUACAACAAAGGAAUGGAGCAGGUAUUGAUGUGAAUGGACGAUAUGUUGCAUGCUUUUAGUUUAAUCUAAGAACUGCUCUGCACUGGGUAGAUGUUUGAGCUUAGAUCUCAUAAACCAAGAGUAGGUAGAUCAAGAUCUACCAAUAAAUCUCUGAGUGAUUUGCAGUGGAUUGUCAAGGAUGUUUGAGAAAGGCGCACCCUGUUCCUUAAUUCUGAAUACAGACACGGUGAGCUACUUCUUUGCACCUGGUUCCAGUAUAUAAAUAAAUCAAAGUCUGAGCUGUGGUGUUGCCUGCUUCUCAGACUUUUUACUUUUUAUUUGCAAAUUGAACACAGAAAAGGAAGUGGGGGAAAUAUUAAAGGGGGUGGGGAAUAAUGCCGCUCAAAUGUACCUGAAUAUACCAAGAUUAAUGUUAGUGCAGAGAAACUUUCGAAUUGUGAUGUUGAGGUUUGAGGGAGGUAACGGGGACAGCUGGUAAGGAAGACUGAUUCCGCAGCAUGGUCGCUUAAGCAUGGAUGUUAUGCCUGCAUCAGCCCUCAGAUGAAUUGCUUAGCUAGUACACUGGAAGGAUCGUGAAUGGCUCUGGAGCUGUUAUGUGGUGCUAUAUAUAUAAAGGCAAUGUAAAAUUAACACAUUAAUGCCCUUUGGUUGCCCUUGCUCCACAUGCGUCAGUCUGAUUUAGGCACAAGCAGCCGUCUUUCUGAAGGUGAUGCUGGAGAGCUACUACAUUUUUUAAAAGGAGCAGUGAAGGGAAGCUUCCUCCUUCACCUCCUUUUUUAAAAUUUAUUUAAACUUAUUCUGCCUUUUCUGCAAAGGUAUGCAUGGUUCUCUGCCUCUCACUUGUCCUCGCAACCUUGUGAGAUAGGCUGGUCUUGAGGGAUAGUGACUGGUUCAAGGUAAUCCAGUGAGCUUUGUAGCUGAGCGAGGAUUUGAACCUGGAUCUUCCCAGUCCUUGUCCAAUAGAAUAAACACUGCAUCUGAAUAAACUUACACCUGUAGCCCUCGUACCCCUGUAACGCUAGGCGAAUUCUAACAUAAUGCAAGCUAAUAGGUCGAUUCUGCUUAUUCCAACAGGUUUGUGGAGGAGAUAAGCCUUAUAUUGCUCCUGCAGACUUAGAGCGGAAGCACCUAGAUCUAAAAGAGCUUGCCAUAAAACAGUUCCGCUCUGUGAAAAAGAUGGGAGGUGAGGAUUUCUGUCGCCGUUACCAGGACCAGCUUGAUGAAGAGCUCGACGAAGUCUAUGCAAACUUUGUGAAGCACAACGAUGGCAAGAACCUCUUCUAUGCUGCCCGUACCCCUGCUACUCUCUUUGCUGUUAUGUUUGCCAUGUACAUAAUCUCAGGACUGACUGGCUUCCUUGGAAUGAACUCCAUAGCUACCCUAUGUAACCUUGUAAUGGGGGUCGCUCUUGUCUCCCUUUGUACUUGGGCAUACGUUAAAUACUCUGGGGAAUUCAGAGAAGUUGGAACACUCAUUGAUCAGAUGGCUGAGCUACUAUGGGAUCAGGUGGGUACCUUUGAUCUAAAAGUUUUCCUUCCAGAAGAAACUUGCCAACUUUGUUGUUCUUGAGCAGUAGUUGGUCUAAAUGCCCCUCCUGCAAGAACGAAGAACAAACACCAGAAAUAAAUCACUAGAGAAUGAACCUGGUGGAAAUAGCUUUUGAAAUCCACCCAGAAUAUUUUUAGUACCUCCGUGCCCAAUCAUACAACCAGAUUUUGAAAAUCCCUAGAAGGCAGGGGUAGUAAUGUAAGUUCAUCUCCCUUUGUGUGUGUCCAUAAAAGGCACAGGUUUGGUUUAUACUCUUAAAAAGUAAGUAAGAACUGUCUUUCGAAAGAGAGAUCCUAGCAGUUCUGAUUCCAUAUUUGGUUGUCAUGACACUGAAUGGAAAUUUCAUGGAAGUUGAGCUUGAGUACAUUAUAGGACCGUCUGCUGUAGUAUACGUUGGCUUGUUUACUGCACACUAAAAUUGCCUGUUCAUAAAAUGAUCAGUUCUUAAAGACUGGUAUACAGACUAAGUGCAUAAACAUGUCAGCAGGAGAUUUGGAAUUGGAAUGUGACAAGCAGAAAGCUUGAAUUAGGCACAUGGUAGGAGGUUUUUCAUUAAAAUUCCUAUUGUGUAGGGGAAGGACUAUGAGCCAUCAAUGGCUGGCCACAUCAAGGUAUGUAUGCACUUCAGCAAAGGGUUUCUGAGUUCUUUGUUCAAAAAGAUUUUCACAUGAAUUCUUCUUGAUUAAACCUGAACAAAAGAAGCAUACAUUGUGCUCUGCUGCAACAGCUUCCAAGACAUUUGAGACUGCCUUCUCAUCAACUAAUUAAUAGUUCCCUUAGCACAAUCCUUUGCAUGUUUUAUCUGAGGUGAGUCCCACUGUAUUCAGUAGGGCUUACUCUUAGUAAAGUGUGUUUCAGAGUGUAGCCUUAAUCUGAAACUAGAGAUGGGAGGAAUCUUGAAUUGUAAAUAUGUAAAGAAUGAACCACAAACACACCAUGUGUAGCCCACCAUUGGCUCUGAUUUUGUACUUUGUGGCUUUUCAUGUACACAUGUUGAGUCCCCUCAUUAUUUAACCUAGGUUAGACUUGGCCUAAGAGUCAUUUUCUUCUACUGAGUCCUGUUGCAUGACUAAAAGGAUGCCCUUAUAUUGCCACCUGCUGGCUAACUGGAAUUUUGCAGCCAGGAGCAGCCGCAGGUCCACUUCUUGUAGAAGUGUAAGAGUAGGAAGGUUGCUCCGAGCUUUUAUAGAACUAGGAUGUUGCCCCCCACAAACAACUUUUAUAAGAUUUGGGUACUGAAUAUCACUAAGGUGUAGAAAGAGCACAAGAGCCCUGAUCUAUUCCAGUAUCCUGAGCGACCAACCAGCUACCAAAGAUACAUGAUUCAAGCAGUCCUGUCGUGGUCCAGCUACAGUUCUGUUUGUAGACAAUAUAGUAGAAACCUCUGUAGCCCAUGUGCUAAAUGAACACCCCUUCUGCUGCAUCUGGAGACCUUACCUUUACUGAUGGGGCUUGGAAAUAAAAGGUUGUAUCCAAUAGUGGCUUUGUCCUAGCAGAAUGGGACACCCUGCACUUUGGGGGACCCUCCAAAACAGCUUGCAGUAUGGCUGGAUGGGCUGUGGCAGGAUUGGGAUCUCCCGGCUUCCACUACUGCAAAGCCAACCAUGGAUAUAGUACAUAGCAGCUUCUAUAGAUUUACUCAGAAUGUUUUUUAAAUUCUCACUUGCUUAUUGAUUCUUCUCAUGGAAAUGACCUUUUAUUAAAACUUGCUCCAUGCCCAGGAACUUGGGAAUCUCCCUUGUACAGAGUUGGGUCAUUGGUUCAUCUUGCUCAGUAUAGUCAACACUGACUGGCAGAAGCUCUCUCUAAUUUUCAGCCUGACCUGGAAAUGCUGGGAACUGAACCUGUAUCUUCAGCAUACACAGCAGAUCCUGUACCGCUAAUAGCCAGAUGCUUUUCAUUUGGAGAAAGCUUUUUUACUGUUCCUGAACUCUCUUUUGGUGCAAGACCUUGGUUGAUUGUGGUAUAGAACUGUCAAAGCUGCACUCCAAAUCUUUGGUGAAUUUGAAUAACCUGUUCUAAACUUUAAGGCCCAGCAGUUAGUAUUUAGAAGGCAGACCUACAAGAUCAGCCUGUACAUUUUGAAAGCAAAAGCUGUCUUGUUCAGUGUCUAACUCCUAUCCUUCACUACUGACCUUACACCUUCCUGUCUCUUGUCUCUUUCUUCCUUUGCUUCAGAGGAGUCCCAAGAAGGUGAGAAUAUCAGUGGGGACUGUCUUUAACACCCAGACUGCUUUCCCCUUCCCCCUGCUCUCUGCCAACUGCUUUUCUAACAACUCGCUUCCAUGUUUUAGGUGUGUUCCAAAUUCUUUGAAGUUGUUAGACGUCGAGUGAUUCGCCGUGCUCUUACCUCAGCACAACGGCAGCGGCUUUCAUCCAACAAUAACAAGAAGAAAAAUUAGCCAGUAUUUUUACCCUUUUCUUUUUUUCUUUUCUUUUCUUUCUGAAGCGUUCACACUUAACUCGUAUAGACAGUAAGCAGGACCAUCUGGCCCACUUUACAUAAAUGCUAUAAACAUACCAGGUUGAAGAUGCAUUAUAGGGUAUGAAAUUGCACCUGACGUUCUAGGAAUUGUAAAGUGAUUUGGAUUCAGUCAAAUACUACAUAGGAGGAAACCACUCAAUGCUCUGGAAGUUAUUAACCAUAUGCUGGUAGCCAAACUCAUCUUUUUUUUUUCUUUUUGUAUUAUACUUUGGGAUGCAUUUCAUACAUGAUUUUAAUUUUUGUUCUGUCUAAUUUCUUUUUUUAUGUUUCAGCGGGUUUGGGGUUUUGAGUUACGUUUAUUUAUUUAUUUUUGUACAUUUCUCAUGCUGCAGGUGAUAAAACCUCUUGGUGAUAAUUUGAUUGAGGAUACUAUGAGACAAUCGGUUACAAACUCUCUCAAAGCAGGCCUGACUGAACAGAUGUCUCAGCAUGCCAGAUUAAAGACAGAUUGACCAUUCAUCUCCUUUCAUCUGCCUGCCCAUCCUAGACUUGCUUGCUGUACAAUGAGAACUCAAUAAACCAAAGUUUACAUUGACUCUAGAGAAGUAGAUUAUUCUGACUGGCUUCUCAGUUUGCUGCCGUCACAUUGUGGGAGGGUGCGGGUGCAGGGUAAGAAGUUUUGAUGGCUUUUAAGGCUUUCUCUUUUUUGCUUCUGAGACACAGCCCAAUGCCACAGAGAACAGGAAAGUGAGGUAUCUGCUUCGACACUAGUAUACCCAGGGGGAGGUGGUGUGGGCUCUGUCUUGCAGAAACAUAUCCACUGUAAAAGGGUUUUUCAGGGAAGUAAUUUAUCGAGCCUAUACAAGGAAAUCUUUUAACAGAAUGUAUGUAGCCACAAAAUAUCCCAUCCAAUAUUUUAACUUUGUGAACACUUGUAAACCGUUAACAUGAUGAAUCCAGCUGACAGAUCAGCGGUUGCAGUCAGCUGCGGAGUCAUGUUUGAGCCACUACAUUUAGCUACUCCUUGCUUUUCUGCCUUUUCUACCAGUAUUACCCAAAUGCAUGUAUAUUAUCUCCACAGAAAUUACAUUUAGAGGUAACAAUUGUAACCAAGGAAGCUAUCUUCAAGUGUACAUUGUCUUGCCUUUUAAACUUUGGAGACCUUGUCCUACAGGAUAUGCGUAUUGAGAAACGAGAGCAGAUUUUUCUCUGCAGUUUUAGCCUUCAUGUAUAUAUAAUGCCAUUAAUACGACUCGCGGGGGAGAAAAUCCAUCCAAAAACAAAAACUGUUGCCUACAGCUACAAAGCAAUGAGUUAGGAUUGUCUGUACAGUGUGUCUAGUUAUUUUUUAAGAAACCACAGGGCAUGUAAAAAAUAUAAAUAUAUAAAUACAAUUUUGUAUCAAAGUUUUGUAGUUUAUGGCAAAACCUGGUUCUGUGAUAGGCAAAGUACAGUCCCUGUAAAGGAAUGUUUGUGGCUCAUGUAAAUGUGUGAAUGCAUCAACACAAUUUGGAGUUUUUUGAUAUAUUUGUGAUAUUUACUGCCUUGAGCACUGCAAUCUCACCCCCAUGGGAAAUCAGUGGGAAUGUUUGUUGUGAAACUUUGUCCUCAGUUGCAUUUUAAAGUUAUUUCCUGUAAUUUAUUUUCCGGUACAUUAUUAAAAUCAAUUGUGUAUAUAUGAAAUUAAACUCAUGAUUUUUAUUUAGAAAUGUUGAUGUAACUUUACUGUAUCAACUAUAUAGCAUCUCUUGAUGUGCUGGCCAGCAAUGGUUAUUUGUAAGCAUAAGAGACUAACUUUUACAAAAUGGUGUUCAGUUCUCUGUGCAACUUAAGUGCCAGUCAAAGUUCAUUACACGGCAGAGAACCCAACAGCUUUUGACCCAGCAGGUGCUGCUACUAAAGAAGAAGAGGGGAGGAGGCUAUUUUUCACAACUCAGCCUUCAGCCACCCCAUACUGCUUUCCACCUAGUUCUGCAAGGCGUCUUCAACUCUCUGGAACAAAUUUUAAAGAGGUAUUGCAAUGGGGAGGAAGAAUCAGCAAAAGUCAACUAUCAACAGAGGUAUGUGCUGGAUCAAAAGCUGUCCAACUGGAUUCAACCCCCAGAUGUUUAAACACAGUAAGCAUUCUGUACAGGAACACUGAGGGAGAUAGGGCUGCUAACUUUCAUGUAAUUCACCUUGGAGAGGAGCUCAACCAUUAUUGUGGUCCACACUUCAAAUGAAGACCACUUUAAUAAUGAUGCUCAGGUUGGUCACUAAAGGCUAGAAACAGCAUUCAACCAUUUAAAAAGCACUACAGAAUGAAAGUCCACAUGCAAAUGCUGCCUAACCAUAGUUGAUACAUUACAGUCACUUUAAGGUAACUCGGAGUGUACAUAACUAUGUGGCAAUACUGUACUGUCAUCUGUACUGCUCUAGCAAAGCAGUGAAUCUUAACAUACCUCUGCAUCUGACGUAAAAUUUGGCAUGGUAAAAUCUUUUAUCAGUACUUGCAAUACACACAAAUUGGAAGUUACCACUUCCCUGCUAU